CACAGGUUGGGGUGGGGAUAUAGAGAUGUUUGGAGUCGGAUCCUCCGACGAAAGAGGGGAUGACAUUUCAACGCAAUUUCACCGCAAGUGCCGCCGCGAAUUGGUGGAUGCCCGACUACGGCCUCCUCCGACUACGUCAGGAGAUGGAGAUCGGAAAUGCAUCGUAGGCGAACGCGUAGACUCCAGCUUUCGCGCCUCGUUAAAGGAUCUCCAAAAGUCUUUCCCCAAGCAAGUGUUGCCUUUCCCUUCUACUUUACGAGUUGGUGAUUUUAUGCAACCGCUUAACGACGAUGGGAUGUUUUGCCGCACUCUUGACGCCGCAGCUGUUUUUUCCGAUGUUGUAGCGCAAGAAUUUUCGUCUUUCAAAAGUCCUACUACUUUGCCGAGUUGUAGAUCCUAUAAAAAGCCUGUAAAGUAUUAUCUUGUUGUUGGCGCUGGUGAGAUUGUCCUGGGGUACCUCCCGUCAGCGGAAAUGAUGCACUUCGCUUUGAUUUCGCAGAUGGAGAAGGACAAAGGAAAUAGCACACGAGGCAGAACGCCCUCUGAUAUGUUGGUGAAAGACGUCCUAUACGAACUUCGAACGCAAGAAGAGCAGGAAAAACUAGAAGACCCACAUGCGAGAAGGCAUUCUUCUCGACGCCUUCCCACAUUCCCAGCUGAAUUGCCACUCCUGGAAGCCCUAGAGCGCUUAAAGACGGAAGCUGGAGACCUACCCGAAUUUGCUCUCGUCGGUUCAGGAGCAGGACAAAAGAUACUGGGCAUUUUCGUUGUUGCGGAUGCGAUGGCGUCUCUGCUGCAAUUGGGUGCCUCCAACAAUUACCUAAACCUCGACUCGUCGCCAUGCCCAUCCGAAUUCGGCCUCAACGAACGGAACCCUUAGAUCCUUCACAGCAGGGCCAGUAGCAGGCAUUCAGACGUGAGAAGAAGUCGAUAUGUGAUUAGACGCCAACGGAAGGCGGCAGCGAAUAGAACACUUCGAAAGUGUCCAUGGACGGUUUGGAAAAUCCAGCAUUGUAACAAAAUGCAGCACGUUCUCUUACAACGCCUGCGGUCGUCAUCAAAACCGACAUCAGGAAUUAAAGAGGGCAUAAGUCGCAACGCUCUCCUCUCUGUCUUGUUUACGGUUAAAGUGUAGUAAAAAUGCAGCGCAAAAAAGGUCACGUUGGUUGAUAGUACUUCUAUGUAAGUAUCUAGUUUGAGGUUGAUAGUAAUACUCAUUGUACAUUAAGAUCAUAGGUUCAUCGAUGAUCGCAAUUCACGCAAUGUAAUAUCUUCAUCCUUCUGUUCAUCCCUCCACCGACCCCGACUCCUUGCUGCCUGUUGCACACUACACAGGAUUCGCAACCUUUCCUACUCACCUCAACACACGUGUACGAUGCCUGAAGAUGAUAUUCUAAAACGUUGUCCCCAGAAGUUCUUGUACAACAAAAC